AUGGCCAAGUGCAAAUGCACCCUCAAAUGUUCGACCUUUGGCUCUGUUCAGGAGACGGUCAUCACAGACACAGGCACUUCUUGGACACUCAGAGCCAACCUCAGCAAGAUCCGGGCAGAUAGGCUGGCAUUUGAAAGGCAACAGUUGGAUGGUCAACAAGGUAUCUCUGCUGCUACACAACAGCUUCUUGCUGAGGCUGCCAUUCAUGCCAACAAUUACUCCAAUGAUUCCAGCAGUUCUUUUGCAGACUUCAAUGCCUCUGUUGACAAUAGUGCAGAUAAAGGCUCCGACAUUCGUGCACCUGUUACUGGUGGUGAACAGCAUGCAGUUAGUGCAGCACAAAUGCACAUUUUGCAUGUAUUCAAGUUAGGCAUCAACAACAUUGUGCCCCAUGGACCUGCCUUCUGUGUAACCGUCAGAUGCAUGCUGCCUGGCGCAAUCAAAUGCCAGACCUCAUUGAGGCAUUCUUGCAGUGGAAACAUGAUCCAGCUAAUACUUGCAUACCGCCUGAUCCCAUUGAAGCAAACUGCAUGGUGA